UCAUGGUUCCUAGUCGUAUUCGUUAACCACUGAACCAUGAGGGGAACUCCCAAGGCAGGCUUUUAUUUUAUUAAGCAAAGGAAGGAAGAUGUAUUCUGUGGAGAGGACUAGCACACUCAAAGACCUGGAGGUGAGAAAGUGAGCACCUGGCUUUUGAGCAAUCAGAAGGAGUUCCAUGAAAUUACGGCGAUAGAGGUGAGAGGCAAGGAAAAUGUGUAGGGGUGUAGGGUUCACAGGACUUCAAGACCAGGUAGGGGACAGGAGAUUGAUUCCGAGAGAGAUGGGGAGCUGUGGAAAGUGUGGAGAUGAGGAGAAACAGAUGUAGAGUGGGAGAGAUGGACAGAGAAAUUGGGGCAGAGAGAGAGAUACAGAGAGAUGGAGGGAGAGAGGACAUGCGGAGAGACAUAAAUGGAGCAAAAGAAAAGUACAUACACAGAUAUAUAUAUGUUACCUAUCUAUAUGUCUAUCAUCUAUCCAUCCAUUUUCCAUUCAUCCAUUAUCUGUCCAAUUCUCAUCUGUCUACAUCUACAUCUAGCUAUUCAUUCAUCUAUAAUCUAUAUAUAUAGCCAUCACCUAUCAUAUAUGCAUCCGUUCAUCCAUUCAUCCAUAUUUCUAUCUACCUAUGUAUCCACCCAUUAUCUAAUCAUUUCCCUAUCCAUCAAUCCAUUUAUCUGCCAUUUAUCUUUCUGUCUACCCAUCAUUAUCUAUCUAUCUAUCUAUCUAUCUAUCUAUCUAUCUAUCUAUCUAUCUAUCUGUCUGUCUGUCUAUCUAUCUAUCUAUCCAUCUGUCCAAAUAUGUCUAUCCACUCAUCCACCUAUUAUCUUUUCCUCUUCCCCACCCCCUUUGUCUUUCUUUUGAAAUUCAGAGAUGAAGAGAAUAAGGGGACAGAGAGAGUCACAAGGGUAUAUAUGAAAAAAGAGACACCAACAGGGAGAAGUUGCCUUGUUGAGAUGGAGAGAAGUAUAGAUGAAUAAUCCAGGUAGUGGGAGAGAAGGGAGUGAGUGGGUGUGGUGGGUAGGGGGAUAGAGUGGGCAUCUGUAGUUUCUGAGGCCCCCUGUCAGGCCUGGACCCAUCCUCACUCAUUCUCAGGCGAAGAGCAAUGAAGAGUGUUUGCAGCUGAUGGAAGAUGUGGGCCACUACUUCCACGAUGUCUACCUCUGGUGGCUAGGGCCCUUCUAUCCCAUCCUGCGGCUUGUCCACCCCAACUUUGUUGCUCCCCUGCUCCAGGCCCCAGGUAUCUCCUGGUAGCCCUCCCUACCCCAGGCUCCCCCUGCUCCUGCUCCAAGCCCUUCCCAUUCCUCCACAGACCAGGUUGUGCAGGGGAAUGGGCAGCAUCGACAGAGACCUGCUGGUUCCUCUGGGCAGGUCCUUGGCUCUCUCUGGUUGCCAGAAUCUCUUCCAGUUUUGGGUGGUGGUGUAAACUCAACCCUGUUGGUCUAAGAAAGGGGAUCUCUUGAGUGAAAAGCUCAGGGAGCAUUGCCUUCAGGCAUGGCUGGAUCUAGGUUUUCAAGCAGUGUCAUUGGGAAUCUGUCUUCAUCUCAAAGCUGUGUGUUCUUCUUCUUCAUGCUGGUAAAGAUGAAUCCCAGAAGGUCAAUCCCCGCUGACAAGUGAGCUCACGCCCCACAGACCCAGGAAAAGUUGCAGAAUUCCCUUAAAGUGGAGUGGCCUGGGUCACAGGGACCACUUCAUCACCUAAUAACUGCAGCUGAAUUGCCACCAUCAUACACAAGGAUAUGUUUUUGUACAUCUUCCUGAAGCCCUGGCUGGGGGUUGGGCUCCUGCUGAGUGCUGGUGAGAAGUGGAGCCACCAGCGCCGCCUGCUGACACCUGCCUUCCACUUUGAUAUCUUGAAGUCAUAUGUGAAGAUUUUCAACAGGAGUGCAGACAUCAUGCAUGCCAAGUGGCAGCACUUGGCCUCAGAGGGCCACACCCGUCUGGACAUGUUUGAACACAUCAGCCUCAUGACUCUGGACAGUCUGCAGAAAUGUGUCUUCAGUUUUGACAGCAACUGCCAGGAGAAACCCAGUGAAUACAUUGCUGCAAUCUCCGAGCUCAGUGCCCUGGUGACAAAACGGAAUGAGCAGAUCUUCCUGCACAAGGACUUCCUGUACUACCUCACCCCCGAAGGGAGGCGCUUCCGCAAGGCCUGCCGCCUGGUGCACGACUUCACAGAUGCCGUCAUCCAGGAGCGGCGUCGCACCCUCAUUAGUCAGGGUUCCCAAGACUUCCUUAGGGCCAAGGCUAAGGCCAAGACUUUGGACUUCAUUGAUGUGCUCCUGCUGGCCAAGGAUGAAGACGGGAAAGGACUGUCAGAUGAGGACAUCCAAGCCGAGGCUGACACCUUCAUGUUUGCGGGCCAUGACACCACCGCCAGUGGCCUCUCCUGGGUCCUGUACAACCUGGCAAAGCAUCCGGAGUACCAGGAGCGCUGCCGGCAGGAGGUGCAAGAGCUCCUGAGGGACCGUGAGCCUAAGGAGAUUGAAUGGGACGAACUGGCUCAGUUGCCCUUCCUGACCAUGUGCAUCAAAGAGAGUCUGCGGCUGCAUCCCCCAGUCACUGGCAUCUCUCGCUGCUGUACCCAGGAUGUUGUGCUCCCAGAUGGCCGGAUCAUUCCCAAAGGGAACAUCUGUGUCAUCAGUAUCUUUGGGAUUCAUCACAACCCAUCCGUCUGGCCAGAUCCCGAGGUGCUGCCCCCACUUGGGGAAUCAGACACUUCCCCUCUACUCUAUCUACAUCUGUCUUUUCUGGGGGUGUCCGGGUGUCCUGAGAAACCCCACCCAGCAGGCCUGUCCUCUCUGCCCCAGGUAUACAAUCCCUUCCGCUUUGAUCCAGAAAGUCCCCAGAAGAGGUCACCUCUGGCUUUUAUUCCCUUUUCUGCAGGGCCGAGGAACUGCAUUGGGCAGACGUUUGCCAUGACAGAGAUGAAGGUGGUCCUGGCACUCACACUGCUGCGCUUCCGCGUCCUGCCAGAUGAGGAGGAGCCGCGCAGGAAGCCAGAGAUAGUCCUGCGGGCAGAGGGCGGCCUUUGGCUGCGGGUGGAGCCGCUGCGUGGAGGCCAGCAGUGACCCACCACCUCCUGGCCUGGGGUCCACCCUAACCCUAGACACUUCACUUUGUGGAGUCCCAGGAAUAAAACUGUGCUGAACCUCAAGAGAGCCAGCAGGGGGCUCUUGGGUCUCAUGAGGAUCCAGGGGGGCGGGUGUAGCUGAGAAGGUGGAGGACUGGGAUGGAGGGCAAUACUGAUAUGUGAGCGGGGUCAGGAGGACAGAACUACACUUUAGGGAAGGUGGAGCAGAGAGCUAGAUGCAGAGGACCUGGAUCCACCGCUUCUUGCCAUUAGACUACCAAAGUUACCAUCCCUGUCUGCCAUUUACUAGCUGUUUUGCUUGGGGAAAUUGUUUAUCUUUCUAAGGCUUAGUUCCUUUAUUACAGAGUGGUAGCCACCUUCUUGCACUGUUGUUGGGAUUGAAUAAGCAAGCCUGUCUCAAACGACUGAGUCAGUAUCUGAUAAAUGUCAGUACUCAAUAGGGGUGAAUUUCCUCCCUUCUUUUUUCCCUCACUUUGUCAAAUUAAAAUGUUUUAAAAUCCUCAAAG